AUGUCAAGCCAAAGAAUUCGAUAUAACGGUGAAAUUCGAAAAACUCACAUUGACGAAAUCGAUGGGACACAAUGUGUGCUUCUUCAAUCUGUCCAAGAUCAUUUCCCCCAUGUCACCAGUUUCACUUUAAAUGAUGAGCCGAUACGAUUUGUCACAGACAACGACCAUUGUCGAUCGGCACCAUGGAGAAUAAAUGCUUAUCCUGAUGACGUACUGGAUUGUAUCGCACCUUUUCAUGCAGAAUCGAAUGAGACGGCAGGGAGUGCAAUACAACGAAUUGAUAAAAGAACGGAAAAGAUUUAUGAGAAUACAUCUGUACUUUUCGAGAGAAUCGAAUCUAUCUUGUGUCAAACGUAUGAAUUAGCUGAAUUUACUGUUCCAAGGCUAUUCAUCGUUUUGCCGGAGAAACAAUCUAUGUUAAAUUCAACAAAUUUAUUUCAGCAUACAUACAGAUUAUUUUUUUUGUGUGAGGAUGAGAAACAUCGGCAUCUGUCGUUACAUGAAGGAUAUGAACUUAAACAGUCAAGCGAAUUUCUAAAGAAGUACGGUCUCUAUCUGAAAGAUAUGAUUACAGUUGUAAAAUAUGCAAUCAUUGUUGGGAAUUUUAUUUUGCCGCAAAUGAUGCGUACGACUUCAGAGACUGAUAUUUUCAAGGAUAAAUACUUUUUGAGCAGUUUUAGUAGUAAGCUUGAUCAGUUGAGCGAAAUUCUUGAUACAGUGACUGAAGAAGACAGAGGGACGGAUAUGUUGUGUCAGCCAUUAGAAGGAGCUGAUUUGACAGAAAUUGAGCAUUACUUGAAAAAGUCAGAUGAGCAUCGUACACUUGGCAAUCUCUAUCGAACUACGACUGAUGAUGGGCACGUUAGAUGGGUGUGUGUUCAUCAUUAUAAGAAAAAUUAUGUCAACAAAAAGAUGCAGGAGAUGAGAAGAGAAUUCGAAGUACUAGGAGGAAAAUAUAAUGAAGAAACAUCGUGUGCUUUUGUUAGUGACUAUGGAGAGAAAAAUAUGAAUAAAAUGCUAGAUGCAGUUAAAAAAGGUUUACCUAUAGUAACCUUUACAAUAAAAGGCUGCAAUAUACGGGAAGCUGUACUCGAUCGAUUACUCAAACUGGCCAGGCGGCAUUAUAUGAAAUAUAUCACAUUCGACAACAUAACUAUGUCAUCAAUGAUUGGCCGCGUACAGUCACACUUGCAAGUUAUAGAAAAGUUGGAAAAUGCCAUCAACAAUAGCGAAAAUUUGACAAUAUAUUAUCGGACUCGAACAUCCGCUGAUGUGCCAUUGUUACUAAAAGCAUUGAAGUAUAACGAAAGGAAAUCCAGGUUGAAAAUUUCUACAUCUGAAUUUAAUGGUACCACCCUGAAUUUAUGCGCAUCUAAAUUAACGAUUGAAGAUAACGCUAAAGCGAUUGCUAGUGCGUUAAGAAAUAAAGGAAUAAGUGUUACUGAUAUGUUAUCGGUAAAUAAAACAAUGAGAGAGCUAAGAAUAUGUCAUUCUCAGUACAAUAUGAAAUGUCUUUGUGAAGGUCUGGAACAAAACACGACUUUGGAAAAAUUAGAUCUGUUCCAUAAUGAGAUCACAGAUGAUAGAGCGAUGAUAAUAUCCCAGCUACUAAUGACAAAUACAGCGCUCCGUGAACUGAUUUUGUACAACAAUUAUAUAACAGAUUUUGGCGCUGCUGCGCUUGGAAAAGCCCUUCAAAUAAAUACGAGCCUGAAAAGAAUUGAUAUUGGUCAUAACUGGAUAGGCAAUGAUGGUGCUAAAGCGUUGGCCGAAGCGCUGAAAAUAAACAAACAUCUUGAGAGUUUAGAAAUAAAACGAAAUCGAAUAACAGAUCAUGGAGCUGAAGCUGUUAUAAAAGCUCUGGAUGAGAACAAUACAUUGAAAGUACUUAAUAUUUACGGUAAUGAUAUUCCAAAUACUGUUGCAUUACUGAGUACAGAGAUCCAUCCUGGAAUUAUUUCGCGAUCCAAUUUAACCACGUCGAAAAAAAAUAAUUCGGAUAGAUUAACAGUGAAACCUGAUUUUAAUUUCGAUCUCAAUACGGAGUUAUCUGAUGUAUUAAAGAACGAUCAAGAAAGACGUAGUACAUUGCAAGAUUUGAUCCAAAAUCUCUCAAAAGAUGUUGUAAAAAAGAACGAUGGUCAGCAGACAACCAUUAAUCUUGAUGAUAUUGAUUCAAAGUUGCUCGUCAAUAUUCUCCAACCGGUUCUCAAUGCUCGUCUGGAAAAACGUUUGUGUGACGAACGAGUGGACGAAAUGGAAAGAUAUAAUAGAUCAUUCAACCUUCGCUUUCAAAACGUGCCGCCUGCGAGAAACGAAGAUUCUGUUCAGUUAGUGAUAAAUGUAGCGUAUGAAAUGGGAAUUGAAACCGAUUACGAUUCAAUUGAAACUGCUCAUCGUAUCCCGGCUAAACAGAAGAAGUUAGGUGCUCUGAAACAUCCACCAGUAUUAAUAGCAAGAUUUCAUUCUCGACCGAUUCAUCGUCAAGUUUUAUCUUCAAAAGGAGCUUUGUCUCACCUACAUGCACAACAUACAUUUUCAAAAGUGAAAAUAUCUGAAGAUCUAUCACGUCACAACCUUGAAAUCUUCUCAACAGCGCGAGCAAAAUUAGAUAAAGGCGAACGUCACCGAAUAUAUUCCAGUAACGGGCGUGUCUUCUAUUAUGCAGAUGCUGGGAAACGUAUUCAUUUAAAUUCCGUUAAUAGUAUCGAUGCGAUUUCCUAUCAAACACAGAUUCAGAAUCCAGCUCAAACUGAUUCAACGAGCUCACAACUUGGGUAAAUAGAAUAUGACUCAUUAUUGACACUGUUAAGUUUAAAAAUGCUCAUAGUGUUUUUUCUUUCUUCCUUUCCUUUAGUUUCUUCCUUCUAGUUAAACUACUGUUGAUAGUGUAUAGGUUGACAAUCUUUGCAUCAUUCGUCAUAGGCAUGACUACAAACACAAAACAUUUUUUUACUCUCCCCUUGUUUUCUAGGACAACUUUCCUUUCUUUUACUUCAACACGUUGCGAGAUGACUAGGAGUAGCGCUUGUUUUCUUUUUUAUCAGAAUGAUGUCACAUAAUUCAAAUAUAAUAGGAGCACAUGGAAAUUUACAAAUAUCACUUUUCAACGUGCGUAGUCU